AUGGUUCAUGACGGCCUGCUCGGUGAGGAGGGUUCUUCCCUCAUCACCGACUUCUUGCAGGAGGGCAUAACCGACGACAAAAGGUUUCGUCAUCUGCACGCGCUGGACAAAGCAAUGGCAGAACUUGUGAAUGUUCUGCAGCUGUCUAUUCACGAUCUUGCCUGCGGCUCCCUGAGCCGGACGCAUCCCAUUUUGCAUGAGACCGGGCUGGCGCCGGAGCAUGCGCCAGAGCCCACAGAGCAUGAAGCCAGCUACUGGCUAGGAGUUUUGGCUCAGAAGAAGCUGAUGGUGAUGCUUUGUCUAGGGCCUGUUCGAGGGACCUUGGAGCUGCAACCAUACGACGAAGAUGCGGAAGCGCACGAGAUUUCGACUGUCCCAGGAACCUUCAUAAUUCUCCGAGCGGAUGGGAUGUGGCAUCGGCACUGUGCACAUUCCAAAGCGCACAUCUUGAGCUGCUUUCUGGUCGGACAGGAGUCCGUAGGCACAAAGCGGGCACAGGCCUCCUGGGUGCCUCCCUGCGCGCGCAGUCUGGAGCAGUGGACGGUGGAGCGUAUGAGAUAUUUGAAGGAGGUUCAGUCAAAGGCACCCAAGGAGAAGCUGGAUCUGCCGAGUGGUUGGCUGUCUGCCAUGAACCACAUGUUCCACACCGCGCAACGAGUGGCUGUAAGAGCAAUUGCUGGUAGAUAUGCCAGCUCAUGGGAUGUGCAAGCCUGGUACAUGUCACAAACGUCUGGCCCUGAUUUUGUAUCGGAAGUCCCACUGACAAGAUGGGAUGUAGACCAGUACUACGAUUCCGAUGCUGAGGCCUGGCGAGGCUUCAAGAGCUUCGCCAGGCACGGAUCUUUCAUGGAUGGAGCAGAUUUGUUUGACAACAAGUUCUUUGGCCUGUCACCCAUGGAAGCGAAGGGCAUGGAUCCCCACCAACGUGUGGUCCUGGAGGUUGGCUACGAGGCUUUGCACGGGGCUGGCUACACGAAGGGGAAGAUGAUGAACAAAGUCGGUGGCGUUUACUUGGGCAGCAGCUCGACCAUCUUUGGCUUGGUGUCAGAAGUCAGUGGAGCAACUGGCGGCGCAGCGAGUAUCAACUCCAACAGAUUUAGUUUCUGCUUGGGCCUGAAAGGCCCUAGCAUGACCUGCGACACCGACGGCUCAUCAUCAUUGACAGCAGUUCAUCUCGGUGGCGAAGCAGUUCUUCACAAGGGUCUUGGAGUGAGCAACGAGUUCUCCUUAGCAGGAGGAGUCGCCUUUCAGCUGGGACCGACGUUUCUUUCGCAGAUGCAAGCUGCAGGGCUGCUGGCAGGCAUCGGUCGAUGCUUAACUUGGGAUGCGAGUGCGCAAGGCUAUACUUUGGGCGACGGAUGCGGCUUCGCUGUGCAAAAGCGUAUGGCUGACUGGGUCGACGGCAAGCAGGUGCACAUCGAAGGUGAGCCGCUGGUUGGAAGCAUCUGCGGAAGCUCUUGCGGGAGUGUGGGGAUGGCAGCAGCCAUGCAUGCUCCGCAUGGGCCUUCCGAGCAGGAGAACAUAGCACAAGCGCUGCAGACAGCAAUGCUCGAUGCAUUGAACAUUGAUGCCGUGGAGUGCAAUGGUCAGGGAGCGCUGCUGCGAGACGCUGUGGAAGUUGACUCUCUCCUGCGCGUGCUACGUGGAGAUGAUGUCCAGGCUCCGCUGUCACUUACGUCCGUGAAGAGCCGCGUGGGCUAUGCCACAGAGUGUGCCGGCAUCGUUGCGCUGCAUCGCCUCAUGCUGUCCGCCCUUUGGGGCUUCAUGACACCAAACAACCAUCUGCAGCAACUCAAUCCUCACCUGGAGUUUGAGAACAAGGCCAAUUUGCUGACAGAGCCGCAGGAGACGGCGCUGCGCAGCAGCUACAUGGGUGUGUCGGCCCAUGGCUUCGGCGGGACACAAGUCCACGUCAUAUCCUAUGGCCACGCUGAGCAGAUCAGGACAGCCCCGCAGCCGGAGCGCAACUGGAACGUGUUCAACUUUUGGCCGGGUGGUGGAGGUGAGCUUGAGGAGGAGAAGCAGCCGUUGCGAGGCUAUUUCAUCGCAGGGACCUGGACGAAGUGGAGGGCGAUCAAAAUGCAGAAUGAAGGUGAUGAGACCUACGGAUACACUCUUGUUCUUGGAGAGAAUCGCUGGGAAGAGUUCCAGAUUCUCCUGGAUGGCGAUGACAAAAGGAGGCUUCAUCCAGCCCGGCCUCGAGCCUUCAAGGGCUUGGUCGUGCACGGGCCGUCUGCAGAGGCCGCCGGUUUGAAUUGGCGAAUAGAAGGCCGUGGUCGCUGGGUAGACGUGCCGGCAGACGCUGCUGAUGCAGUUGCGCUCGGUGAUGCUGAAAAGACUUCCAAGGCAAUUAUGGCAAUUGCCCAGAGCCUGGGUGAUGGGCACGCAACCCAGUCCAAGCCAUCAGAGUCAGGCGAACUCAAACUGAUGGAAGUCGGAAAUGCCGAUAUUGGCAUGCCGGGGGACAAGUAUCGAAUCCGGCUGCGGAUAGCUGGAAAAUACAGAACGGUGCUGUGGGAGAAGCUGCCCAAGGAGGACUACGAUGAAGCAAUCGACGCCCCCGAAGGUGACUACCAGAUUGUUGCGAGCUGGAAUGGCUGGUCCCCUGACCCCCUGUUCCUUCGCAACGACGUUUGGUCCACGGAGGUCGAGUUGACAAAGGAAGGGGGUGACUUCAAGCUCCUGCGGAACGAGGACUGGGGACAGGUCAUCGCCCCACUGCGAGAAAAGGCAAGUGCCUCCGACGUCGGCGAAGGACCGGAAUCAUUCGACCGAUUCCGGGGCUGCGCUUGGAGUUUGAACGGGCGGCCUGGGGACGUUUUCCGAAUAUCGUUCAAGCGGCGAUUGGUCAAGGAUGCUAGUGGCAACUCACCUUGCAAGUGGCCACAUCUUUUGGACAUGAUUUGCGCAUUGUACGGGGCGGAUGGCGCCUUCGCAGACAUAAUGGAGUUCCAUGGGCUUCGAGCGUGGCCGUCUCAGAUCGCGUACAUCACUAAGUACACUAUGUCAUUGAAUCAUGGACUCAAGGAGUUUCUCGUCUCUCCAGCGGCACUUUUCGCGGAGUGCGGAGAUGAGUCAAGUUUGCAGCGGGGCUUCUGCGCAGCAGAAGGUGGUGCCAGGCCACCCGUGGCAGGCGUGGCACCGUGGUCCUUUCGUGCUGCCAGUGGUCCCCAAGACGAGGCUCAGAAAUGGAGCUUCGAGGAAGCCUUCGGCGAGGGGGCAUCCACCAAAGCUUCCACAGUUUGCAGCGGUGCUUCUGCACCGUCUGCGAAGCUGAACGUGGCGCCAGGCAGCCACCUUUGGCAGGACGCUGCGCGGAGCCCGACAGCGCAGGCGACAGGCGUGGGCAGCAAG